AUGAACCUUCCCUCCGACACGCACGGCCAAGAUGCACUUCCAGCGCCCAAUGCGUCCGUUGCCGGUUCCACUCUGAGAGCUCCAACUGCUACACCUCACCCCGUCCCCGCGGUCAACACAAACAUUGCCAUGACCGUCACGCCGGCCGCAGCUGCGGGCGUGACCCCUUCUGCCACCGCCCGGAGCAGUUCCUUUCCAACGCAUGUCAUAAGAGCGCCACCAUCCGUCUCCCAGGAAUCGCUGCCGGACAGCAACUUCUCUCCUUUCAUGUAUGCAUCACCUUCUCCCAUUCCGCGGGCCACCGCGCCCGAACGGACCUUCUCCGAACGCUCUCCCUCGCCACACGCGCGCGCUGGCCCGCCAAGCGCCAUGGCGGAAGCAAUGUCGGUCGCCCGGAGCCCGAGCAUUGGAAGGAGUCCCAGCUUGAUACGAAGACUGUCGCGAGGCGCGUCGAGCAGGCUUCGACGUAGAGCGUCGACGCAGCAUUCCCUCCGCAUGCGGGAUCCAAGUGCUGGACCCACGCUCAUGCGUCGACGGAGCGACAGCAACGGUGCCUCUGAUAUCGGACAAGAUGUUUCGGAUCUCGAUCUGGACAGCACGGCCGAGGACGUCAUCGAAGACAGCUCUUCGUUUACAGGCUUCCGGGAUCGCAACAAUGCUCUCGGAAUCAAUCUCGGCCGACCUAGCGUGAACUCCAGCAACCCGUCUAGCAUUUUCGAGGGAGGCAUUGCACCUGCGAGCUCGGUGGUUCUGGAAAACGGAACCUGGCUCACAAAACUUACCAAAAGAAGCUCCAAGCGUAUCAAGCUGUGGCUCGACUCCAACUCAGCAAGGGUAUGCUGGCACACCUCCAACCCGGCAAAGUCUUUCUUCAUCGACGACGUACGUGAGGUGCGAGUCGGUGCGGAUUCCCGAAAUGCUCGAGACGAUGUGCAAAUCCCCGAGGAGCAAGAAGGUCGUUGGGUCACGAUUGUCUAUGAUAUCCCCGAGCGCUCCAAGGGACGGGCGAUCAAGACCAUGCAUGUCUUGAUGCCUGACGACUACCUCCUGAACCUCUGGACCGACGCGCUCAAUACCGUGACCCGCGAGCGUAUCGAAAUCAUGAACGCAUUGUCGUCCUCGCCGGAGAAAAGCGAGAAAAGCAUGGCGAUGGCAUGGCGGCAGGUCAUGGCGCGAAAGGGCCAGAUCACCGAAGAGCGAUUCUCCUUGGCCGAUGCGCGAUGGCUGUGUCGCAAGUUGGAGAUUAAUUGUUCGGACUCUGCUGUAAGGACGCACUUCAAGGCUGUCAGCAGCGAUGAAGAUGCUACCCUGGACUACGAACAAUACCGAAGCUUCGUACAGUCAUUCCGCGAGCGCAAAGAUCUUCAGCACAUCUACAGGAACAUGCAGUUCGGCACCGAUCUCGACAUGGACAUGGAGACAUUUUUCAAAUUCUUGAAGGACGAGCAGUCGGUCGAUGUCCUGAAAGACCGUUCCUACUGGGAGAGCGUCUUCGAAAAAUACUCCCGCCCUUCGCAAAAUCGGCCGAUGCUUUCGGACGCAGGCCGCAGCGUUCCCCAACGGACCAUGAAUCUGCAGACCUUUCAAAACUUCAUGACCUCGUCACACAGCGCGCCACUCGCACAGCUCAAAGGCGAACCCACACUCGAUCGGCCUUUGAAUGAAUACUUCAUCUCGAGCUCACACAACACGUACCUCCUCGGCCGACAAGUUGCGGGGGCCUCGAGCGUGGAAGGCUACAUCGCUGCACUGGUAAAAGGAUGCCGAUGUGUCGAGAUCGAUUGCUGGGACGGCGACGAUGGGCGACCGAUGGUGACGCAUGGAAGAACAAUGACUACGAAAAUCCCGUUUGAGGACUGCGUUUCUGUCGUCGCGAAAUACGCCUUCAACAGUUCUCCUUACCCGCUCAUCGUUUCUCUGGAAGUUCACUGCAAUCCGGAACAGCAAUUGACAAUGGUCGAGCUGAUGAAGAAAUACUUUGGUACCAUGAUGGUCACCGAGCCUCUCCUGCCGAACUCAUCUUCUCUGCCGUCUCCCGAGGAGUUGAGGAAUAGGAUACUAAUCAAGGUGAAGGCGGCUCACGACAUUGAUCCAAGCCAGCUGCUCCAGGACGCUUCAAACGGUCGCGUCGAUGGACGGAGCCGUGCCAGGAGCAUCACGAAUGCCUUUAAUCGCACUCCUUCCAUGGAGAACCAGAGUGCCGUUUCCUCACCACUCGCGGCAAGUUCGGUAGCAACCAGUCCUUCGGAGAACAAUGCAGUCUUCACACCGCGUGGCUCUACCACUUCUGGCCCUUCUAUGACGCCUAGCAGUUCCGCGGAUGACAGUGACGAAGUUGCAGCUUCUGCCGACAAGAUGAAGAAGCGUAGCAAGACCAGCCGAAUCGUUGACGAGCUCGGCAAGCUCGGCGUCUACACGCAAGGGAUCAAGUUCAAUGGAUUCCAAGCGCCCAAUGCCAAGACGUACAAUCACGUAUACUCGUUUGCAGAGAACACCUUCGACAGGCUGUGCACCAAGAAUACUGAUAACAAGGCUCUUCUCGAAACGCACAACAUGAGGUCUCUGAUGCGUGUAUAUCCUGGCCCGAGACGCAUCGACUCGUCCAACUUCAAUCCUCUGCAGUCCUGGCGCCGCGGGGUGCAGAUGGCCGCCCUCAACUGGCAGACGUAUGACGUCCAUCAACAGGUCAACGAAGCCAUGUUUGCUGCCGGCUCCGAUCGACUGGGCUACGUCCUCAAGCCCGACGAGCUUCGGCACGCCAAGCAUCUCCCGAUUGCAGACACCAUCGCGGAAACACCGGAGAAACAGGAGAAGAAGGGCAAAAAGGUCGUCAGAUUCAGCGUCGAUAUCCUGUCCGCUCAACGUCUCCCAAGACCUCGUAACCAAAACGCGGAAGCCGGCAUGAAUCCAUACAUUGAAUUCGAAAUGUAUUCUGCAGAAGACAAAGCUCGCGGCAACGCUACUGCUGAAGGUGGUACGGACGCGUCAGCACAGAACGGUACCUCCGGGAUCGGGUCGCCGUUGCGCAAGCGAACGCGCAUCGUCGAAGGCAAUGGAUUCGACCCGCAGUACUAUCAGAACAUUUCCAUGUCGGUGGAGACAAAAUACCCGAGUCUCAUCUUCGUACGCUGGACUGUGUGGAAUGCCCCGGAAGGCAAGAAGUCCGCGUCGAACGCCACGCUCCUUGCAACCUUCACCGCGAAACUCAACAGCCUGCAGCAAGGAUACCGACAUUUGCCCCUUUUCAACCCGCAAGGCGAGCAGUAUCGCGACGCCAAGCUCUUCGUCAAGAUAAGGAAGGGAGCGCCCGUGCCUCUGCAGCACCAAGACAACGCGUAUGGCAUCAUGGAGCCGUCAGCCUCCCCACGGCCCGAGUCGAUACGGACCGAACGAUCUUGGAAGCAGCGAAUCUUCAGCAGAAACCCCAGUCAGAGAAGGCCGAAGGACAACACCAGCGACAUAGCUGGACCACUAAGCAGAACCUCGAGCAUGGAUCGAGAUUCCAUACGAUAA